AUGGUCAUUGGCGGGGUGACUGAUGCCGUGAAGUGCAGAUUAAUGCCUUCCACGUUUAAGGGCGUGGCUAUGACUUGGUUUAUCAAACAACCUCCAUAUUCCAUUUCAAACUUCACCGAUUUGUCCACCAAGUUUUUAACACAAUUUUCAGCUAAUCAAACUCAAAAGGUGACUCCGGCUGAUUUGUUCAAUAUUCAUCAGCACGUGGGCGAGCGCAUCAAAACGUAUAUGGCUUGUUUCAGUCGUGUCUCAGUUCAGUUAGAAGACGCCAGUCCAGAAGUAUGUGUGGCGGCUUUCAAGAAUGGGCUCAGGUGCGGCUCGUUGAACAAGGACUUAACCAGAAGACCUGCCAAGGACAUGAUGGACCUACGUGCAAGGGCACAGGAAUUCAUCUUGGUGGAACAAGAUGAACAGACCAAAAAAGAUAUAGAUAACUGGCGUGCACAACCUGACGCAACAACAGAGAAAGGACGUGGUUCGAAAGAUCAGCGUCCAGCCCAAACGUCGCGCCAGCCUAGGCCCACGCCAUACCCUUCAGGAAGGCAGGGGCCACAAGGUAACACUUGGCAUCGGAAUGUGCCACCUACUCUAGCAAAUCAGGGAGGACAUGUACCCGCCCAAGGGCAACAAACCAAACUGAAUGCUCCUCUCGGUGCGAUCUUGCGAGAAGUAGGGCAAACAAAUGUAGUCUAG